UGACAUAUAUAUAUGUUUGCGCUUUGAGAGGUUAAUCUAUUUAUAUUUUGCAUUUUGAUAAUCUUAACGCCAGUGUUGUAUGCUUCGUUAUAUCAAAUUGUUUUAUUUUCUCAAAGAAAUAGAAUUGGACGGAAUUUAUUGUUUCAAGAGAUGAUAUAAAAAAGUUCAACAAGCAUUAUAAAUAUGGUAUCCAGAACGUUGGGCGUAUGUACAUUAAUUUCCCCUGCAAUCUUGAGAUUCAUCGUUGAAAAUGUCUAAAUUACAAAAACGAAAAAUAACGUCAACUCUUUCUACUAAAAGUAAAGCGUUAUCUACUUCUAAAAAUAGGCCUAGCGUUUUUGAACGUUUAGGCACCAAAGCUAGUACUAUUCAUACUAAGGAGUAUUGUCAUCAUUGGGCUCAGAACGGUACGUGCCCCUACGGCAAAAGUUGUAAAUAUUCAGUUACACAUACUUUAACCAGUCCUUCCAAACAAAGAGCAGCAAAAACACAAAGCGAAAAGAGGAAGCAUAGUAAGGAUGCUCACAAGAGGCUACAUCCUGGAGAACCCGAUGAAGAUUGGGACUGGAAUGCUGAGCAAUUAGAGGACGCCGACCCUGAUGACCUAGAAAAGCGUAGAGCUGAAUUACAAAGAGAAUUAGAAUUGCAGAUGAAGAUGGAAAAAGCAAGAAAAAAAGAUAAAAAAAUCAAAAAAGAUAGCAGCCCAUCAACUGAAAGUUCCUCAUCUUCAACGGAAUCAUCCUCUAGUAGUGAUGACUCUUCUUCAUCCUCCUCUUCAGCUGAAACUCGAAGAAAGAAAAUUAAUAAAAAGAAAACUAAAAGAGAAAGCUCAACAUCCUCAGAGGAAAGGAAACACAAAAAGGCCAAAAAAGUUGCAUUGAAACCCACUCAUAAUGAUAAAGAUAAAAAAGUAGCAGCAACUAAAGUGCCAAAAGUUACUUUAAAAUCGCCAACUCCUGUACGUGUGCGCAAACAGUCACAAACUCCUCCACCUAAAACUAAAACUUUUGUACCAUCAAAAGCUGCAACAUCAGAAGUAAAAUCUCCACAACUUCCCAACCGAUCCAUUGUAAAGGAAAAACAUAGAACACCAUCACCAAAGUUGAAGGACAAAGACAGGGAGAAAGAACGGGAAAAAGAAAGAGAGCGGGAGAAAGAACGUGAGAAGGAACGUGAAAAAGAGAAAGAAAGGGAAAAAGAGAAAGAAAGAGAGAAGGAGAAGCUAAGAGAACGUGAACGAGCUAAAGAGAAGGAAAGGGAAAAAGACUCAAAGAAGAAAGAUAGAUCUCCUAAACGGGACAAUAGAGGUGAAACUCGAAGUAGCAAGGAUGUGAGGAAAAGAGAGACACCAGAAUCAGGUCAUUCUAAAGACAGAAAAACAUCGCCAAGUAAAUCUAAAGGAAGUAAUAGUGCUAGUGUUUCUAGAAGAGAACAUCGAAGCCCUGUGUCUAAGGAUGAUCAUAGAAUUCCAAAGAAGGAUGAUAGAGAUAGAAUGAGGCAGAAAGACCGCAGUGACCCAAAAAGUCGAAAAGAUAGAAGAGAUUCCCGAGAGAGAGAGCGGGAAAGAGAACGUGAAAGAGAACGGAGAUUAGCUAGAGAGAAGGAAAGAGAAGAAGCAUUAGCUAGAUGCCAAGAAAGGCAGCGAGAACGUGAAAGACUGAAGAAGCUGGCAGCAAAAGAAGAGGAAGAAAGGAGGGCCAGAGAGAGGAGCCGUAGAGAUGACCGCGGACUUGAUAAACCAAAUGAUAGAGCUGAUCGUCUCAUUCCAAUAACUAAAGAACGUAUAUCUCAAUCUUCUAGAAAAGGUCAUUCAUCUGAGAGAGAUAGGAGAGAUCGUGAUGGAAGACGCGAGCGAACCCCCAAUGAUAGUAGAUUAUUGCGAAAAUCAUCUUUGGAUCGGCCAGAAAGACUUGAUCGGGACUUGGACAGAAGAGAUUAUGAAAGAACAUAUACCCACUCGACUGAACGAAGUUAUGAAAGAGGAAGGGAGCUUGAACAUGAUAGGGAAGCUGAUUAUGCUAGGCUUCAUGAAGUAGAUAGGAGAUUAGAUGAUAAGGACUAUGGAAGUCCUUAUGAUCGAGCUAGACUAGAGGAGCGAAGAUAUUUAGAGAUGGAAGAACAUUACGAACCUCCAAGGGAAGAUCAUUUACCAAGAGAUUAUGUGGAUGAUCGUCGUUCUAGGAGAGAAAUGUGGGAUAUUAGAGAUGAAAGAGAUUUAGAAAGGGAAAGAGGUUUAGAUCACCACCGAUAUGCUCGUGAUGAUAGGCAUUCACCAACAUUGAAAACUAGGGAAUGGGAUCCUGAGUAUGCUGAAUUAGAGUGGAGUAGAAGACAAGAAUGGGAAGCAAGAGAUAAUUGGGAUAUUGAUAUGAAACAUGCCACAGAAGAGGAAUGGCGUCUCUACAAUGCUAGCAGAUCCAUGGAGGCGUGGCCAGAAGAAAGGAGACGGUGGCCAGCAGCUGAUUGGAGGGAAUCAAGGGAUCAUUCAAGGCCUAGAAGUGUUGCAUCUCACAGUAGGGAAGGAGAUUUAGAUAGAAGAAAGGACCUUUUGAGAGCAGAACCUCAUAGUAGAAGCGAUACAGCUGCAAGAGCGGAAAGAAGUGAAAGGAAUCAUUCCCUUCCAAGAAGUGAAGCCUCACAUGAAACUCAGUCUAAGAAAGAUUCUUCCCAUGACUCCCAUGGACGCAAUGAAACUUCAAAAACUGAACGUGAUCAUAAAGAAUCAACAGAGAAGAAAGAUGUAACAGAUAAGAAAGAUGUAACAGAUAAGAAAGAUCCAACAGAUAAAAAAGAUCCAAUAGAUAAGAAAGAACCAGUUGAAAAGAAAGAAUCUGUACAGGUGAAGGAGCCUGAAUCUGAGCCUAACUCUGAAGUUAAGGUGCAUUCUGAGAGUGAAGAGAAAGAUGCUUCGCUUAAGAGACCUGCAGAACAACCUCUUGAAAGUCCCACCGAAGCUAAGAAGAUCUGCUUGGAGCCUGUUCUUGAAGACGAUUUAAGUGAAAUUAGUGAUGAUGCUGAUGAAAUUUUGAAUAGAGUGGAGGAGGUUACUGAGGUGCCAGAAGAGGAAACUGCAGUCCCAGAAAACGCAGAAACGUCCUCUCCCAAAGAGCAAACUUCAGCAGCAUCCCAAAAGUCUCAAUCUCCCUCCCGCUCCCCAGCAAAUCGAUUAUCCAAAGAGAACUCGAUUGAUGAGGAAAAUAUGGAUUUGGACUUUGAAGAGAUUUCAGAAGAUGAAUUGGAAGAAGAGUCCAGAGUGAAAGGAAUUGGGGACGCUCUAGGGGUAGAUUGGGCAAGUUUGGUAGCCGAGUCUCGUCCAAGGGUGAAGCCACUGAGUUCAGCCAAAAAAAGAUGGGAAAGUCACAAUGUUUUAUAUCACUUGGGAAUUUCUGUCGAAUUAGCAGGAGAAGAUUUUGUCAAGGAAAUCUUUAGGGAACAUGAAGAAGCAGAAUUGAUAGAAAAGAUGAAAAUGAAGGUAGAUAACGACGAGAAAAAUGGUGUAACGGAAAUGGAUAAUACAUCAGUUGAAGUUAGAGAUGAAGGAAAUAAGGAAAUAUUAGUGACAGACCCUCUAGCAGAAAUUCAAGUGGCCAACUUGGAGAAAAUGAACUUGAGAAGGACACUUUUAACCAGUGUUGGACCAUACAGAAGAGCUCUGUCAGCUAGAAGAGAUUUGAUGAUAAGGAGAAAUUUGUGUAAUUUACCUGUUUCAGAUACGUUUGUUGAAGCACCCAAGCGACAUGAUCCUGAAUUAUUUAAACUUGCAGUGAAGUUACUAGAACAUGAGAAGGGUAGUGAAAAGGGUACUCUUUGAACUCCACCAAACGGACAUUUUUAUGGGUUGGUGGAGAAAAAUUGUUAUACUUCUUAGAAAAUUUAUGCAUCAUUGACAUUUUCUGUAAAUAAGUACCAUUGUGUUAAUAAAAAGUAUUGACAAGGAGACCUUUAUAUAUGUAUAAGAGUUCAUGAAUAUGAGUUCACAAAAAUGGAAUUUCAUGAGGUCCCCUGUUUAAUUGGAGUACAUAAUUAAGUUGUACCUCAUCAAAAUAAAAGCUUUCAAAAGAAAA